AUGAUUACCAUUGUUCCUUCCAUUAGGUCAGCCGAACCGAAACGGCCUUUCUCGGCCAACGUCUGCCACCUCAGCACAUUGUGUAAAAGCAAAAGCCCCUCAAAGGGGCUUAAGGUCAUUGACUUCCUUAAUAAGGUGUCGGAAGAAUCGGUCGUCACAGAAGACCUCGAAAGUUGCUGCGAAGACUUAUCCGACUUUCGACAGCCUUUGGAACAAACACUGAAAACAUGCAACUUUCGUGAAAUCUUCGAAUCUCGUUUCAACAAAACCGGCACAUUUGACACAAAUCAUCUGUUCUCAGCAGUAACGACAGCGGCAGCACGUAUGACAAGCCUUAACAUGGUGUCCUCGUCGUCCAUAAACACAGGGCGUAUCGAAUGUAUUUAUGAAUUUUUUGCCGCCAAACCAAAUGAACGAGUACAAAUAAAAUUUCUAGAUUUUAAUAUACCGACGGAUAAAAAUUCCACAGAAUGUAAACCGAAUGAUUCGCUGCAGCUGCUGACUCAAGUCAAGGGGAAAUAUGAAGUUAUGGAUUGGUAUUGUGGUGCUUUUCUGCCGAAACCUAUUAUGUCGACGGGACCAAAAUUAAUGUUGCAAUUCAUAGGGCGAUAUCCUCCGAGUGGUCAGGCGAAAAUCGGUUACUAUGGAUUUAAGGCUGAAUAUACAUUUUUAACAAAUUAUGGCAUCACAACUGGCGUCCAAUUGGGCAACAACUGCAGCUUUGCCUACAACAGUACGGACAAGAAAAUGGGCUAUUUUACUUCGCCAAAUUUCCCCGGCCUAUAUCCGAAAAAUAUCAAUUGCCAUUAUUUCUUUUAUGGUGAAUUGGAUGAGAAGGUUAUAAUACGUUUUAGUUACUUCGAUGUGGAGGGUGUGGGAAGCUGUGAACAUCUUACCGCCAGCGAUUACGUAGAGUUUUCCAAUUUCCUUAGCACCGAUCGUAAAUUUCCCAAAUACUGUGGUAAACGUGACAAAUUUGAAAUACGUUCCGAUGAUCGUUUCUUUCGUGUAACAUUUUAUUCGAAUGAUCGUUUCGAUCGUAGUGGUUUUCGUGCCUAUUAUGAAUUUGAAGGUAAAUCAACGCCAGCCGAAAAUACCUCAGUACAAAGUUAUGUAUUUAGCAAAGGAUCAACUCUAAAUGUAGAUUGUAUGAAUGUUAUUGGAAUAAUGUGUUUAGUAAUGCUAAAGUUGUUUUAA